GGCUCUGCCCCGGACACUGAGAUGUAUCCCAGGAUCAGGAAGCUCGCGCUCUACGCCUUCUCCAUCGCCCUGCUCGCCUGCCUCCUUUACAUGAGGAAAGACGAUAACCUGGCGGCAUCGUCAGGAGACCGGAAAGCGGCCGUAGCAAAUCUCGAGCCUGCGGUUCUGGGCCGUGUUGAACCCGGCAGGUGUCUGCCGAACCUGACCCUGGCUAAUUCUUCUCUCGCUCUUCCGGAGCUGCACCGCGUCUUCCUAACGUACAAGCACUGCCGGAUCUUCUCCACGCUGCUGAAGCCCUCCAGGUGUAGUAGAGAGACGUUCUUGCUGCUGGCAAUUAAGUCUUCCCCCAUCAACAUAGACCGGCGGGUGGCAAUCAGGAACACCUGGGGGAAGGAGGGCUCCAUCGGCUGCAAACGCGUCCGGCUGGUGUUCCUUCUAGGGCGCUCCGAGGCCAGAAUCCAAGCGCACCCCCUGCACCAGCUGCUGGCUUACGAGAGCCAAGAGUUUGAUGACAUCGUGCAGUGGGAUUUCAUUGACAACUUCUUCAACUUGACCCUCAAGGAGCUGCACUUCCUCCGCUGGUUCAUGGAGGACUGCCUGCACGCUCGCUUUGUGCUCAAGGGCGAUGACGAUGUCUUUGUCAACACUUACAACAUUGUUGAGUUCCUCCGAGAACUGGACCCUGAGCAGGAUCUCUUUGUUGGCGAUGUGAUCGCCAAGGCUCGGCCCAUCAGAAACACCAAGGUGAAGUACUUCAUUCCGGAGUCCAUGUACAGAGAGCCCUACUACCCUCUGUACGCUGGUGGGGGCGGCUACGUGAUGUCUAGGGAGACCGUGCGCCGCCUCCAGAGCACAGCAGAGGACACGGAGCUCUUCCCAAUAGAUGAUGUCUUUGUGGGAAUGUGUCUGGCAAAGAUGGCCGUGACCCCGAAGAACCACGCUGGCUUUAAGACUUUUGGGAUCCAGAGACCCUUUAAUCCUUUUGAUCCGUGCUUGUACAAAGAGCUGAUGAUUGUGCACAAAUUGAACCCCACUGAGAUGUGGCUCAUGUGGACGCUGGUCAAGGACGACGGCAUUAGGUGUGCGGUAUCAGUAAUGCGGCCCUAG